CGCAUCGACAAUCAACCAUCCUCUUCAGUACCCUAUCGCAACUAUGUUCGCUGUUCCGGGUUGGUCGCUUGAGAACUCUGCUCUCAAGCAGCAGAGUGAGCCUGUCGCUCAAGAAAAGUCUAACGACAAGCCUUCCAAGCCAAAUGGCAAGGACCGAAAGCGCAAGCGGGAUGAUAACGUCCACAAAGGAAAUGUGGACGCCAUGUAUCGCCGGCACAUUGAGGGGGAGAAGAUGACCCCUUGGGCUAGAAAGAAGGCUGAGAAGAACGCCAUGAAGGCCGAAAAGAACCAGAGCCAAGAUCAGGCGCCCAAGCAGGAGAACGUCGAAACGGACGCACCGCGACAAAGCACCGACGCCGCCGCCGAGGAAAGCGAAAAGCCCAAGAGCAAAAAGCAGAAGAAGAACAAGAACAAGAACAAGGAGGAGAAGCAAGAACAAUCGCAAGACGAUGCUGCCAGCAAACCCUCGACCGCCGAAUCCAUGCCUGUGGCACCUCCGGAGACGAAAGCCAUCCUUACUCCUCUCCAACAAGCUAUGCGACAGAAGCUCAUCUCUUCCCGAUUUCGCCAUUUGAACGAGACACUCUACACCACUCCCUCGAGCAAGGCUCUCGAGCUUUUCACUUCAAAUCCUGAGUUAUUCGACGAAUAUCAUGCUGGUUUCGCGCGUCAGGUCAAGGAAUCAUGGCCCUCGAACCCUGUGGAUGGCUACAUCAAGGCUCUCCGCGCCAGAGGCAGUGCUCAUGCACCGAAGAGAGGCAAGCCGGACAAUAAGGGUCGAAACUCGGCUGCGCCUCUCCCCCGACGACCGAACGGUCUGUGUACUGUAGCCGAUCUCGGCUGUGGUGAUGCUCAACUUGCCCGCGCGCUCUCGCCGUCCUCCAAGAAACUGAACCUCAAAUUACUCAGCUACGAUCUGCACGCCCCGGAGGGCUCGCCUAUCACCAAAGCCGAUAUCUCCAAUUUGCCGCUGCCCGAUGGGUCAGUCGAUGUAGCUGUUUUCUGUCUCAGUUUAAUGGGUACCAACUGGGUGUCGUUCGUGGAAGAGGCAUGGCGUGUGCUCCGUAGCGACGGCAAGGGCGAACUGUGGGUCAGUGAAGUGAAGAGCCGCUUCGGCAAGGUCACCCGCAAGAAGGCGCAGAUCGGCGCUAAGAAGCCGCUGAGCAAGGCAGAGCAGAAGAAGCUCAAGAAGAAGCAGGCGGCUGACGACGCGGACUCGGAUGUCGAAGACAACGAGAUUUACGCCGAGGAUGCUCGUCCUGCCGCCAACGACGAUGAGACAGAUAUCUCCGCGUUUGUGGAAGUCUUCCGGACGCGAGGCUUUGUCCUGAAGCAGGAGUCUGUGGAUAAGUCCAACAAGAUGUUUGUGAAGAUGGAGUUUGUGAAGGCCGGUGGCGCCCCCACCAAGGGUAAACAUGCCUCUUCCACUCCGAGCGCUGGUACUGGCCCUGGCAAGAAGCGAUUCAUCGACAGAUCAUCGCUCAAUGAAAAAGGCAUGUCGGCUUCUGAGGAAGCUGCUGUUCUCAAGCCGUGCGUCUACAAAAUUCGAUAGAGGUGGUUGGAGGUGAUUAUGCUAAUAAAAAAGUGCUUGAAUUUAUGAUAAUAAACCGAGUCAUUACUGUAAAUAUGCAUAGCUUCAGAACAUCAGUG